AUGCAGCAGAGCAUUCAAGACGUCAUCGACAGAGUAUUUCCGAACAUAACGAUCAACUACCGAAAUCCGGAAUGGCUCCGCGAACGUGCAAUUUUAGCUCCGAAGAACGAUGAUGUUAGUAAAUUAAACGGUCAAAUUCAAUUAAAAAUUCCAGGAGAAGCAGUCGAAUUUAAAUCGAUUGAUACAGUAAUGGACAAAGAUCAAGCUGUUAAUUACCCAACUGAAUUUCUUAAUUCUUUGGAGCCACCUGGAAUGCCUCCCCAUUCGUUGGCGUUAAAAGUUGGAUCACCAGUGAUGCUUAUUCGGAACUUGAACGCGCCGAAACUGUGCAACGGAACCAGAGUGAUAAUAAAAAAAAUUAACACCGAAUUUGAUCGAGGCAACAAUCAUCAGCG